CGAGAGUGAAACUGCACAGAACACGGUCACUAUGGUGGUGCCAUCGUCAUUCCCUGCGGUGAAAGCUCAUCUGGAUCAGGUCCAAAAUGACCCCUCCAUCAGUCUAGACACCACGCUUCUUGACAAACUGAAGAUAGAGCUCACGGAGAACGUCGACCCUAGCGUCCCUGCAACGCUUCUGACGCAGAUUCCGCAGCUUCUACCGGUGCUUCAGGAAGAUCCAACACCUCUCACCGUCCUGGGCACCAGAGCCACCGUGUACUUCUCCUUUGCUGAUCUUCGAUCCAUCGAACCGUCUGUCAACUUCGUCGCGGGCUUCAAGGCGCCAUCGCCACCGAUCAAUUUGCUGGCUCUUUCGUUGUUGGAGAAGGCAGGACAGAUACCCAGUGAUGCUGCGAUAGUGGCUGGAGAUUCGGAACUGGUUGCUUCCCUUGUGGAGCUCUGGCUUUCGACGUCUUCGACCGAGGUGGCUCAGGCUGCGUUGGAUACGAUUUGGGCGCUUUUGGAGAUUGAUAAUGAGAGUCCUCGGGAGAAUGGGGGGUAUGAGAAGGUCGGAGGACAGGGCCUUGUGUGGAGGAGGAUAUUCACCGACAAGGAUGUCUACGGAACUCUCUUCUCGAUAUGCAGUCUCAGCGACAACGGACCCGGGAAUCUUCCAAAGCGCGAUAAAACAGUAGCUCAAGGCAGGUUGAUGGGACUCCUUGAGAGAGCGGGUAGACUCCGCUGGGACAUCAUCUCGACUUCGCAAGUUCCCGAAAUUGAAUCCAAAUAUCAGAGUAACAGCUUACUGCAUUUCGCGGCUUGCCAGAUGGUCGACAAGAGCGAUAUACUGAUGCACAUGACACUAUUGAAAUUCUUCCGUGACAUUUUAGAGAUCGAUGCGCCGGGUCUUGUAGCGAGGAGCUACGUGCAGUCCGCCUCCACGUUUUCUUCUCCUGCUCUGGACUUCCUCAUUGCACACAAUAUCCACCCAACGGUGCUUGAAUACUAUCUGGAUGAAUCCAAGCUCGACCCUGUGGAUCUCAGUUUCCUUUAUGGUCCGGUUAUGACUUACGUCGCGCAAUAUACAGAACUCUACCCCAACCACUUUCUCCAAAACCAGCAGAGUUUGUCGGAUCGCAUAUUGGAACGAGUCAUCGGGUCUCUUAGGAUCUCUUCCAUGCAAUGGGCGCAUGGACAGAUUCCAAGCGGUCAACUCAAUGUUCUCUGUUCCCUUCCUCGCGUACUGUUGGUGGAGGCCAGUAAGCAGGGUCUCAACCCCAUGCUUGCGCUCCCUACCAACCCACCCAGCAAGGAGGCAUUGAAUGCCCUUGCUAGAAUACUCCACGGCCCACAGAGAUCGAGCAAUCCUAAUUCAACGGAGCUCAAUUCCUCUGGCCAGACUCCGACGGACUGGCACAAAGAGGCAGCGGCUGCUCGUUUCUUGUACUUUACUUAUUUGAACCAUCACCCCAGUCUUUGGAAGGAUAUAGUCGCGUCAGCUGACAUUUUGGUCAUGAAAGAUGUCUCAUUGGCAUCGAUGUCAUUCAUGCAAGCCAUCGUAACCGCGAAUUGGCAGACUUUAAUCGAUGAAGUCAUCGCGCCAGUCCCUGGUAUGGGCUCCCGAUUCCAGCUUCCAUCCGAGCAAAGCCUGGGCAGUGUGUCUCCGUCAGAACAGGGAUCUCUGCCUGCCUCGGGAUCCUGGGCAGUCCUCACACCACCAGCUUUGUUGACGCUACUACCCUAUUUGUUCAAACCACCACGGUCCUACGCGGAGUUCGUUGGAGGCGGAGCUGGCGAUGCGGAGAACGCGGUCUGGAAGAUUGCUACUGCAAAGUAUGAUGUCCUCGUGACUUUGCACGAUCGGAUGAAGGAGUUGGAUGACAAAACACCGGAGUUUGAAGAUAUCGUGCGGACUCUCCAGCAACGGGUUAGAGAUGGACCAUUGGGGCCUGCCACGCGAACCGUGCCAAAUGUUGAGACUAUAGGGCUGUGAGAUAUUCAGUGUUAUGGGAAGAAUUUGUAAAAUGCCGUUAAUGAUAAUGAAAUUUGCAUGUCCAUUCUUUUGAAAUUUUAUUUGGUAUAUAUAGUCAAUCUAGUCCAAAAGAUUUCAACAAGGCCGGC